AUGGGGAAAGUGGUUUAUCUGGAUUCUCAUGGGGAUAUGCUGAAGAAUUACUCAGCGGGUGUCUGCCACUCCGUGUCGCAGGUGCAGAAGGGGCAGAAUCCUACAGCUGAGGACAUCCCCCCAGUUGAUGACGUGUCCAUCAGUGUCCGCACCCAAUCAGCGGACACCCCGAUGGCUCCGACCAUCCGCACCGAUGUUCUCUGCCCCACAGCCUGUGGCCGGGUCCUGGAUGGAUCGAUUCAGACGCAGAGUGUGGAUGGGCUCCUGGCCCCGACAGGGAGAGUGCAGUACCGGCCCAUCCUCCUCCCCUACAAUAAGAUUGAGUGCAGCUCCCUCCCCGGUGGUACACACUACUGGACGGGGAACAUCGGGUACACCUGUCCCGCCAACAAGCAGUGUGAAAUCACCAAGCCCCGGCGCAAGUCCUGCCAAGCCUGUUGAUUUCUGUGUCUGAGGGUGGGAAUGUUGAGAGAAGGUAAGAGACUAGACCGUGUGCGAGGAGGACAUCAGACAUACCGGCGGCGACUGCCUGUGGAUCCGAGCACCGAUGUCUGGGUGUGGCCGUUCCCACUGGCCCGAUGGCCCUUGGGUCAGAUGGUGUCCCACCUCCUGCUACUGGAACCACCGAUGCCCGAGAGCGAGGUCAAGGUGCUGACCACCCUGUGUGAGCUCGCUGACCGGGAGCUGGUCGCCAUCAUCAGCUGGGCCAAACACAUCCCAGGUUUCAGCCGCCUGUCCCGGCUGCAGUGGUGCUGGAUGGAGGUGCUGACGCUGGGGGUGGUGUAUCGCUCGCUGCCGCACCCAUGGGUGCUGGUCUACGCCAAGGACUAUGUGAUGGACGAGGGUCUGUUGCACCUGGCGGGGGUCCCGGACCUCUACACUGCGCUCCGGCGCCUCGGCCUCCAGCUGGAGGAGUUCGUCACCCUCAAGGCCAUCGCCCUUGUCAACUCCGAUGGGUGCUCCUGGCACCCCAGGGUGGGGGGCCCUCGGGAUGUGCCACAGCUGGAGCAGGCGGCAGCGGUGCAGCAGCUGCGGGACGGGCUGCUGGAGGCUCUGCUGGGGCUGGUGAGCGGCCGACACCCCGAGGACGGGCGCCGGGCGGGGGGGCUGCUGCUCGCCCUGCCCCUCCUGCGCCAGACCGCCGCACAGGCUGUGCAGCACCUCCUGCAGCUGCAUCCCCGUGCACACACCCUUCCUGCAGAUGCUGGACCGCGCCUGACCACAGCUGGACAACAUCUGGACCCGAUGGGAAGGGCACAGCUGGGCAACACCUGGACCUGA